AUGAAGAGCGCGCGCCGUCGCGAGAGCUCUCGACUGCUGGCGCUACCCGACGAGCUUCUCCAGCCCAUCCUCGCGCUCGUCGACCAUCCGCGCGACCGCUGCAGCCUCGCGCUCUCCUGCUCGCUCCUCCGCCGCCUCUCCCGCCGCACGCCCCACUCGCUUCGCCUCCACCCGUUCGCCAAAAAACACGACGCCACUGCCCGAGAAUGGCUGAAGAAUCUCGAAGUUUAUUCGGGGGUAUUUACCCAUAUAAUCGACCUCACGGUGGAGGUUAGUGCCGGCAUCCUGGACCACCUUCUGGGCGGCAUCGCCGCGGCGUGCGCGCGACUGGAGAGGCUGAGGCUCGUGUCGACGCGCGGCAGGUUUCAGAUUAACCCUGCGACCUGGAAGAAUUUCGUCACGCAAUGCCCACGACACAUCACACAACCACAUCCCCCUGCACCCCUCUUCCCCCUGCACCCCUCUUCCCCCUGCACCCCUCUUCCCCCUGCACCCCUCUUCCCCCUGCACCCCUCUUCCCCCUGCACCCCUCUUCCCCCUGGCACCCCUCUUCCCCCUGGCACCUCCUCUCCUCCCCGCCCUCCCAUCAGUCGCAUGGCAUCACUGGAGCUCGAGUGCAAAUAUGCCUGCAACGACCCUCUGCCUCCCCCAGUGCACACCUUCCCCGCACUGCGCUCUCUCUCCCUCCUCUUCGUGCCCACGCACUACCGCUUCAUCGCCCUCUGCUCCUCGCUCACCUCGCUCACCCUCUUGCGCCCCGACCCCUUCGCCCUCGUCACCCUCGCAUCGCGCUCCUCCCCUCUGCGCCGCUCCCUCGCCGCCCUCACCAUCCACAAUGCCAAGCUCGAAGGCGCCCUCAGGCCCCUCGCGGCCUUCCCGCGCCUCACCUCGCUCGCCUUCCACUCCUGCGACAUCGACCCCUGCGACCUGCACGUGCUCGCUCGCUCGCUGCACACGCUCACCCAUCUGGCGGUCCACGACAGCCCCAUGAUUCCCAGCCACUCCCUCGCAGCACUCGCUGACCGCAACCCUGCGCUCGCCUCCCUCUCGCUGCACUCCACCUCCCACUUCCUCUUCAUCCCACGUGGCCUCCGGGAUCUGGCACGCUGCAGCAGUCUGCAACGCCUGACGCUGAAAGGACGGGAGGCGGCGAGGGAGAGUAUCAUGCCGUCUGAGUCGCCACAGAAGCCGUCUCUGGACUACAUUGUGGCCAUGCUGGUGCGCGUGGAGCAGCGGGGGAUCGCUGACGGACCAGAGGGAAGGAAUGAUGGAGUGGGGAGAUGGGAAGGGGCGAUGGCUGUGGACAACCAAGGCGGAGGAAGCACCGCUGCCUCCUCUGCAGCGGCAUCAGAAGAAGAAGCAGGAGAUGAGUCAGAGGCAGUGAUAACCGCAGAAGCAGAAGCAGCAGAGGACGACGAGCUAGCGUCGCCUGCAGCAGCUGCCACGGCGGCGGUGGCCUCUGAGGGGGUGAUGAUGAGCAGCAGCAGCGGGCGUCGGUACGUGGACCUGCGCAGGGAAGCAGCAGCGGAGCGCGCUGACUUUGUGGCAGCAAUGGACAAGUGGAUGGCUUUUCAUAAGAUGUCCAAGUGGAAGCUGGAGGAGGCCGCCAGAGAGGCCGUGCAGCGCCGCCACCUGCACCAGGGGGUGGACGCCCUUCAUUACAUCCACCAGGCCGCCGUUCAGGUGCGCUCCGCCAUCCUGCUCUGCCGCUGCGUGCGGCUGGCUAAGGCCGAGAUGAAACGCAGGGGUGCACGUGAGGGGGCAUCCCUUCAUCAUCCUCCCCCCACUGUGCUGUCCCAAUACUGA